CACACCCGUGGAGGGCAGGGAUUCCAAGCCUUCCUUUUCCCGUUCCCUACCCUCCCUGAGUCCCCUCACCUUAAGGGACACAGCAGGUUGGGGGGGAGGGGAGCAGUUGAGGGGCAGACAGUCGUUAUCAUCUCGGUGUCCCCACACCAUCUGGAAAGUGUAGCUGGGGGGCGAAUGAUGUCACCCAGGACUCCCGACUGACAAGGAAACCCUGGGUCCCAAACCAAAGAGCCCUGCAGGACCAAGAACCGCCAUGGAGACCCAGUUCAGCGGACAGUCUCGGGGGCUAUGGAGUUUCAGGCUCCAGGGCUCCACUCACCAAGGCUCUUGGCCACAUGGUUGUCCCCUUGUCCCACUUCCUCCCCUCACACCUUUCAGUACCCCCACACCCCCUCCCCAGUCCUGGGAUCUGGCAAGCUCGCAUCCCCACCCCACACAGCCGCAUCAGCCACAGCUGUCUCCAGGAGGAGCCUGUAUCUCAGAGCUUGGGGACAGUCCCAGGACUGCCAGAAAUGGAGAGUGAAGGCCAAAGCUUCAGUGCCAAUGAACUUGAACCCUCAGAAGCUCCAAGUUCUGAUGACCAACCACCCCCCAAUGCUGCUCCAGGCUCCUUUCUGGGGAAAAGCUGAGGCCAGGCCUGACUUUGCCCAGUCCCCACCUCUCCAGGCUGCAAACACCAGCCCCAAACUCCUCACGAGGGGGUGGGGAGAGCACCGGCUCCAUAAAAGCCUGCCUGGCUGACCCUGUGCCCGUGUGGACAGACUGGCCUGGCGUCUGUGACCCUCCCUUGGCAGAGAGCACCCCUGGCAGCACCCCGGUCCUGCGAGCAUCAGGGUCAGCGUGGACAAUGCCUCCCAACCUUACGGGCUAUUACCGCUUUGUCUCACAGAAGAACCUCGAGGACUACCUAGAGGCCCUAAACCUCAACGUGGUUCUGCGGAAGAUAGUGCUGCUGCUGAAGAUGGACAAGGAGAUUGAGCACCGGGGCGAACGCAUGGUUGUGAAGACUCUCAGCACUUUCCGCAACUACGUUAUGACUUUUGAGCUGGGAGUGGAGUUUGAGGAGGACCUCAGGAUGGUGGACGGGCGGAAAUGCCAGACCAUAGUAACGUGGGAGGACGAGCAGCUGGUGUGUGUGCAGAAAGGGGAGGUUCCCAACCGGGGCUGGAGACACUGGCUCGAGGGAGAUAGACUGCAUCUGGAGCUGACCGCGAGGGACGCAGUGUGCAAGCAGGUCUUCAGGAAAAUCCGGUAGCCUCAGAGGAACGGAGUCCCCGCCGACAAGCCCAGUCAAAAUCUUAGUCCAACCCAGGCUGGGUAGGUCAGCCUCCCACCUCAGACCACUUGCCCCCCCCCUCCAGUUCCUCUUCACUCCCCGUGUUAAUCUGUAACUGGAAGGCUCCACAGUCCUUUCUGCCCACACUCCACUGGCCAACAGUGGCCUCUUCCAGGUCAAGGUCUGGUGUCGCAGGUGACAGACAUGGGCAAUGGGGAAAUAAUCUCUCCAGUUGACUUGACCUUUUACUCCCCUCGGAGCACUUGUGGGUAGUGAAAAUGUUGUUCUGGGGAGCCUAGGACUAGGUUCAAGUUUAAAUAGAAGGUCCUGGUAGUCUCUGUGUUCAUGUCCUCCUCCUCCUUUUUGUUUUAUAAACUUCUUAGACAGUCUCAUAUAGCUGAGGCUAGCCGCAAGCUCACUGUGUAGCCAACAAUGAACUUGAUCUUGUCACCGCCUUCAGAGUGCUAGGACUACAGGCGUGCCCCACCGUGCCUGCUUCGCAAGCUCAUGCUAGGACUGCAGGCGUGCCCCACCGUGUCUGCUUUAUAAGCUCAUGCUAGGACUACAGGCGUGCCCCACCAUGCCUGCUUUAUAAGCUCAUGCUAGGACUGCAGGCGUGCCCCACCGUGCCUGCUUCGCAAGCUCAUGCUAGGACUACAGGCGUGCCCCACCGUGCCUGGUUUAUAAGCUCAUGCUAGGACUGCAGGCGUGCCCCGCCGUGCCUGCUUCGCAAGCUCAUGCUAGGACUGCAGGCGUGCCCCACCAUGCCUGCUUCGCAAGCUCAUGCUAGGACUACAGGCGUGCCCCACCAUGCCUGCUUUGCAAGCUCAUGCUAGGACUGCAGGCGUGCCCCACCAUGUCUGCUUUACAAGCUCAUGCUAGGACUGCAGGCGUGCCCCACCGUGCCUGCUUUACAAGCUCAUGCUAGGACUGCAGGCGUGCCCCACCGUGUCUGCUUUACAAGCUCAUGCUAGGACUGCAGGCGUGCCCCACCAUGUCUGCUUUACAAGCUCAUGCUAGGACUGCAGGCGUGCCCCACCAUGUCUGCUUUACAAGCUCAUGCUAGGACUGCAGGCGUGCCCCACCGUGCCUGCUUUAUAAGCUCAUGCUAGGACUGCAGGCGUGCCCCACCGUGCCUGCUUCGCAAGCUCAUGCUAGGACUACAGGCGUGCCCCACUGUGCCUGCUUUACAAGCUCAUGCUAGGAAUCAAACCCAUGGCCCCAUGCACGCUACGCGGGGCUUCUACUUACUGAGCUGUAGCCGCAGCCCCCUGUGUGACCAACAGAACGAGGCCCGAGGUGUGGUCGCCACCCACAGAGCGCCCCAGACUGUACCCCACGCACAGCUGCGGAUGUCUGGUGUUCACGCUUCUGUCCUACUUGCUGAAGAAAAGGAAAGGGCUGAGCAAGACCUUCGUCCAGUUCUGGGGGAGGCUUCAAGCUUCCAAACAACGCCCAGACCUCUAUGGCGACCUUCAGAACAACAGGCAGCAAGAAGGCCAAGGGGGACUGAAAAAAGGGACGAAGCUACCGAGGGAUGAGGAGCAUCUGGGGGUGAAAGUGGCAGGAAGGAGGCCAGCAGGCGUGACUGUAGGGACCCUCUGCUAGCAAGGCUGGAGGCAGAGGACAAGGGAGACGGCUGAGGAGAGCAGGACCUGUCCACGGAUGGCAGAGUCGCUGCUCUGGAAAACAGCGCAGAAGAGAGGAGCUGGUUCAGGGUCAGGGCUAGCUCAGCCUCUACCCUACCUCCGAGGGCCUUGGUUCUUUCACAAUAGAAGUACUGUCGAGCAAGUGUCACAGAGAAAGGGGCUCAGAGUGGGGGUAAGGACAAAGCCAGGUGGAGGGAUGGAGGGUAGAGGUUGGAAACCCCCUGGAAUCCAGGUAUGAUUGUACACAGGUAAAAUCCAGGCUCUUGGGAGAUUGAGACAAGAUCAUCAAGUUUGAGGCCAGUGUGAACUGUGUGGUGAGGUCCAGUACUUAAAAUAAUUAAUAACAACAACAGUGGUAAUAAAGUACCAGGUGUUGUGAGGCAUGGCUCACAGAAAAGCAGUCACUGGGCUCUGGCCAAGAACUAGGUCGGACCCUGUGAUAGGCCUGGGUUAGACUGAAGAGUUUUCCUCUGGCCAACCUCUCCCUGAACAUUCUGAGCACAGCGGGAAGUUGAUGAGCCACUGAAAGCCACCAACAGGACCUCCUCGGAUCCUCCUGAGGCAGUUACAGUUGCCUCGCUAGAGAGGAGAAAGAGAUCGAAAUCGGCCAGGGAGCAGAGGGCUAGAAGCAGGAAAUACCCUUGAGCCUGUAAGGAGGAAUCUGGUUUCUCCUCAUGUCUUUUUCCUAAAGGAAUCCCCCUCCCUGGAAACCUGAAAGAAAGCUGUGAGUGAGACUACAAGGUGCCUGGACACCUGGCAUGGGGACUGACUGGACUCACAGGCUCAGCCCCCGCCCAGGACGUUCCCAUAAAAGACCCUGACCAGCAACUCUCCCCACUGCCUGGAACCCCCUCCUGCCUUCUUUCUUCCAUAAUAAAAUCUUCUUAAACUGUA